CUGUGAGGGGCGUCCGGGGCCGGGUCGGCGGGCCCGGCCGGCGCGAGGUGCGGGCGGGCAGGCCGCGGGGGUCCCGGGCGGACACAAGCUCACACGCUCCCGGAGGAGCCUUCUUCGAGGCUGCUCUUCCUCGGCCAGACGGAGAGCGGCAGUGUCUCCCCGCCCAGCGCACACUCGCCCCGCGUCUCCCCCCGCGGCGGCUGCUCCUCCUCGGCACCGCCAGCCCCAGCGCCGCUCCGGGGCGGGCGGCGGCGGCGGGACCCGCGGAGCCGCUUUGUGUGCAGCCCGACGAGGGGCGGCGGCGCAACCACCUGACAGAGGCCCGGGCGCUCGAUGCACCUUCCGCCCGCAUGAGGAGGAGGAGAGGCCGGUAGAGGACUGUGAAAGGAAAGUUGUCCCCCAGGAUGGACUUCACCGCGCAGCCCAAGCCUGCCACUGCCCUCUGUGGCGUCGUCAGUGCAGACGGGAAGAUCGCUUACCCUCCGGGGGUUAAGGAGAUCACCGACAAGAUCACCACCGACGAAAUGAUCAAACGACUGAAGAUGGUAGUAAAAACUUUUAUGGAUAUGGAUCAGGACUCAGAAGAUGAAAAACAACAGUAUCUCCCACUAGCCUUGCAUCUUGCAUCUGAAUUUUUCCUCAGGAAUCCCAAUAAAGAUGUGCGUCUCCUUGUAGCAUGUUGUUUGGCUGACAUCUUUCGAAUCUAUGCCCCAGAAGCUCCAUAUACUUCCCAUGAUAAACUUAAGGACAUAUUUUUGUUUAUUACCAGACAAUUAAAAGGUUUGGAGGAUACAAAGAGUCCACAGUUUAAUAGAUACUUUUAUUUAUUAGAGAAUUUAGCUUGGGUUAAAUCAUAUAACAUCUGCUUUGAAUUGGAAGAUUGCAAUGAAAUUUUUAUUCAGCUUUUUAGGACUCUCUUCUCAGUGAUCAACAAUAGCCACAAUAAGAAGGUACAAAUGCAUAUGCUAGACUUGAUGAGUUCUAUCAUCAUGGAAGGUGAUGGAGUUACUCAAGAAUUAUUGGACUCCAUUCUUAUUAACCUCAUUCCUGCACAUAAGAACUUAAAUAAACAGUCCUUUGACCUCGCAAAAGUCUUGUUGAAAAGGACAGUCCAGACUAUUGAGGCAUGCAUUGCUAAUUUUUUCAAUCAAGUACUGGUGCUGGGAAGAUCAUCAGUAAGUGAUUUGUCAGAACAUGUAUUUGAUCUGAUUCAGGAACUUUUUGCUAUAGAUCCUCAUUUAUUAUUAUCUGUCAUGCCACAGCUUGAAUUCAAACUGAAGAGCAAUGAUGGAGAAGAGCGACUAGCUGUUGUUCGACUUUUAGCUAAAUUGUUUGGGUCUAAAGAUUCCGAUUUGGCAACACAGAAUCGUCCUCUUUGGCAGUGUUUUCUUGGACGAUUUAAUGACAUUCACGUUCCUGUGAGAUUAGAAAGUGUGAAAUUUGCCAGUCACUGUUUAAUGAAUCACCCAGAUUUAGCAAAGGAUCUCACAGAAUAUUUGAAAGUUAGAUCACAUGAUCCAGAAGAAGCCAUUCGUCAUGAUGUCAUUGUUACUAUAAUAACAGCUGCCAAAAGAGACCUUGCCUUAGUAAAUGAUCAGCUACUUGGCUUUGUAAGGGAAAGAACACUGGAUAAACGGUGGCGAGUAAGAAAAGAAGCUAUGAUGGGUCUGGCUCAGCUUUAUAAGAAAUACUGUCUUCAUGGUGAAGCAGGAAAGGAAGCUGCAGAGAAAGUCAGCUGGAUAAAGGACAAACUAUUGCAUAUUUAUUAUCAGAAUAGCAUCGAUGACAAACUGUUGGUAGAGAAAAUCUUUGCUCAGUAUCUUGUCCCCCACAACUUGGAAACAGAAGAGAGAAUGAAAUGUUUGUAUUAUUUAUAUGCUAGUUUGGAUCCCAAUGCUGUCAAAGCUCUCAAUGAAAUGUGGAAGUGUCAGAACAUGCUUAGAAGUCAUGUACGAGAACUAUUGGAUUUGCACAAGCAGCCUACAUCAGAGGCUAACUGUUCUGCCAUGUUUGGAAAACUGAUGACCAUAGCAAAGAAUUUGCCUGACCCUGGGAAAGCACAAGAUUUUGUGAAGAAAUUUAACCAGGUUCUCGGUGAUGAUGAGAAACUACGGUCUCAAUUGGAGUUACUAAUCAGCCCAACCUGUUCGUGCAAACAGGCAGAUGUUUGUGUGAGAGAAAUAGCUCGGAAACUUGCAAAUCCUAAGCAGCCAACAAAUCCUUUUCUAGAGAUGGUCAAAUUUCUGUUGGAAAGAAUUGCACCUGUGCACAUCGAUUCAGAAGCCAUAAGUGCACUGGUAAAAUUGAUGAAUAAAUCAAUAGAGGGGACAGCAGAUGAUGAAGAGGAGGGUGUAAGUCCAGAUACAGCGAUUCGUUCAGGACUUGAACUUCUUAAGGUUCUGUCUUUCACACAUCCUACCUCGUUCCACUCUGCAGAGACAUAUGAGUCCCUGUUACAGUGCCUCAGAAUGGAAGAUGACAAGGUAGCAGAAGCUGCUAUACAAAUUUUUAGAAAUACAGGCCACAAAAUAGAAACAGACCUACCCCAGAUACGAUCGACCUUAAUUCCCAUUUUACAUCAGAAAGCAAAGAGAGGUACUCCACACCAAGCAAAACAAGCUGUUCACUGUAUACAUGCCAUAUUCACAAAUAAAGAAGUCCAGCUUGCACAGAUUUUUGAGCCACUCAGUAGGAGUCUGAAUGCUGAUGUACCAGAACAACUUAUAACUCCAUUAGUUUCAUUGGGCCACAUUUCUAUGUUAGCACCAGAUCAGUUUGCUUCCCCAAUGAAAUCUGUAGUAGCAAAUUUUAUUGUGAAGGAUCUGCUAAUGAAUGACAGGUCAACAGGUGAGAAGAAUGGAAAAUUAUGGUCUCCAGAUGAAGAGGUUUCCCCUGAAGUAUUAGCAAAGGUACAGGCAAUUAAACUUCUGGUAAGGUGGCUGUUGGGUAUGAAAAACAACCAGUCUAAAUCUGCCAAUUCAACUCUUCGGUUAUUAUCAGCGAUGUUGGUUAGUGAGGGUGACCUGACAGAACAAAAGAGGAUCAGUAAAUCUGAUAUGUCUCGCUUGCGAUUAGCUGCUGGUAGUGCCAUAAUGAAGCUUGCUCAGGAACCUUGUUACCAUGAAAUUAUAACCCCAGAACAGUUUCAGCUCUGUGCACUUGUUAUUAAUGAUGAGUGCUACCAAGUAAGGCAGAUAUUUGCUCAGAAGCUGCAUAAGGCCCUUGUGAAGUUACUGCUCCCAUUGGAGUAUAUGGCGAUCUUUGCCUUGUGUGCCAAAGAUCCUGUGAAGGAAAGAAGAGCACAUGCACGACAGUGUUUACUAAAAAAUAUCAGUAUACGCAGGGAGUACAUUAAACAGAACCCCAUGGCUACUGAGAAAUUAUUAUCACUGUUGCCUGAAUAUGUAGUUCCAUAUAUGAUUCACUUACUAGCCCAUGAUCCAGAUUUUACAAGAUCACAAGAUGUUGAUCAGCUUCGUGAUAUUAAAGAGUGCCUAUGGUUCAUGCUUGAAGUUUUAAUGACAAAGAAUGAAAACAACAGCCAUGCCUUUAUGAAGAAGAUGGCAGAGAACAUCAAGUUAACAAAAGAUGCUCAGUCUCCAGAUGAAUCCAAGACAAAUGAAAAACUUUAUACAGUAUGUGAUGUGGCUCUGUGUGUUAUAAAUAGUAAAAGUGCUUUGUGCAAUGCAGAUUCACCAAAGGAUCCAGUCCUUCCAAUGAAAUUUUUUACACAACCUGAAAAGGACUUCUGUAACGACAAGAGUUAUAUUUCAGAAGAGACAAGAGUACUUCUGUUAACAGGAAAGCCAAAACCCGCUGGAGUACUAGGUGCAGUAAACAAACCUUUAUCAGCAACGGGAAGGAAACCAUAUGUUAGAAGCACUGGAGCUGAGACUGGAAGCAAUCUUAAUGUCAAUUCAGAGCUGAACCCUUCAACCGGAAAUCGAUCAAGCAGGGAACAGAGUUCAGAGGCAGCAGAAACUGGAGUUAGUGAAAAUGAAGAGAACCCUGUGAGAAUUAUUUCUGUCACACCUGUAAAGAAUAUUGACCCAGUAAAGAAUAAGGAGAUUAAUUCUGAUCAGGCUACCCAGGGCAACAUCAGCAGUGACCGAGGAAAGAAAAGAACAGUAACAGCAGCUGGUGCAGAGAAUAUCCAACAAAAAACAGAUGAGAAAGUAGAUGAAUCAGGACCACCUGCUCCUUCAAAACCCAGGAGAGGACGUCGACCCAAGUCUGAAUCUCAGGGCAAUGCAACCAAAAAUGAUGAUAUAAAUAAACCUCUUAGCAAGGGAAGAAAGAGAGCCCUGGUUGGUCAGGAAAGCCCUGGGGGUUUGGAAGCAGGUAAUGCCAAAGCACCCAAACUGCAAGACAUAGCCAAAAAGGCAGCACCAGCAGAGAGACAAAUCGACUUACAAAGAAGCCAAGUGCUCGGAAGUGAUGGCGAUUCACUUUGGGACAUAGAAUCAAGUCCAGGAAAUUCUUCCAGUGAUCUGGAUCGUUUAAAAGUCUGUGAGAGCAGCCAGGAAGAUACUGAGGACUCAGAGCUAGUAAAGGGAAGCAUCCUGAAGGUAAAAAGAAAACUCAUUUGCAAAGGGAGAAAAUGAAGGCCAUACAGAAGCAGGCUCCAGCUUCUGUAAAAACUUGGAUUCAAAAGGUCCCUGAACAGAAAUGAAGUUAACUUCAGAACACACACUUUCUGCCUUGAAAACUGAAAGAAACUAUUACUUCCUUUUCACAUGACCACAAGUCCUUUGAUGGAAAUGUACAGCAGAAACUCUUGAGAGAGUUGCUAAAAGCAACUCUAUUCUACCCUCCCCGCCCCAGACUUUUCUUAUGAAAAGUCAAUAAUUAAGCAAAUUGCUUAACACUUGGUUCCAGUUCCUGCAUAUCUGGAGUUUAAAGGCAUAAUACACCAUUAAUUUCCAUGCUGCAGUUUUUAUUUUAAAGAAAGUAACAAGAUGUCCUUACACUGACACUGAAAAUUCAUCAAUUUUAGAGCCAGGAAUUCCCGUUGUUACACAAGGAAAAAAUAGAAAUCUACUGAAUUAAUUUUUUAGAAGAAAAGAGAUCAGAUUAAAUAUUUCUUUGUUUUUCCUUUUGGAAACUUUUAUGUAUAAUUCUUUCUGCCUGCCUACUUUUCUGCAAAAAUGAGAUGUACAGAUUUCAGUUCCCUGCUAUGAAAAGUGAUGUGGUGGCAAUUUUAUAAAUGUUGCUUUCUGAUUUUUAUCAGAGUGAGAAAAUAAUUAAAAUUAUUAUUGAUUUCAUAUCACUUCAUAUUUUGAUUUCCCCUCCAUUUUAGUUUAAUAUAAUUUGCAAUAAAUGUACAUAUUGUUUGUUUCAUAAAGCAUAUCACUUUAAAAUGGUUUUUACUUCUGUGAUUAUGUUGGAAUAUUUGGAAUUUUAAAGGAGUAAAGACUGUCCAGCAUUUGGUUUUAUAAUGUUUGUCACCAGAUUUUUAUUAUUGAUGUGAAAAAACAGUCAAUUUUUUUAAGUAGUUGGACUUUGGCAGCUCUGUAAGGAAAGUUGGAGGUGUUUAGAAUUGCUAUCAGUUUCAGCAUUGUGCUAUUGGGAAAUAAGUGUUUUGCUUUUGUCUGCCGGUCUGGGCUCAGUUUUUAUGUUUAUUUUAGAAGACAACUGUUGCAUCGAUAUAUUGUUUCUUGGCAUUGUUCAGCAUAGGUAAUGUGUGCACUUUUUGUGUACACAUAAUCAUAUUUAAGUUUUUUGCAUAAAAUAAAUGCUUCUAGAUGUCA